UGUACGUCCACUUGUUAUCCGUUAACUCUGUGACUGAGAGUAGGUGUGAAGGAGAGAGAUGCAGCUCUUCUCAUCCUCUUCCCCCAAAUCUCAAUUCCCUCUCUUUUCUCCCUCUCCCAACCACAAUCCUUCCAAAAUCCACUUCAGAUUCCCAAUCAGAACUCUCCACCCCUCUUCUCCUCUCAGGAUCCCUCCCUGUUCUUCCAAGGAUUCGUUUCCCUCUCUCGAAGAAAAGCUCCUCUUCGCCGAGUCAUCAGACGAAGAUGAAGACAAUGAAGAGAACAAGGAGAAAGCAGCAUCAGAACAAGAAUAUACCAGGUCUUCUAGUGAAUCUCCUGAUGGAUUACUUGUGGUUCGUAGGCCUGUGAUGGAGCUUUCUGCAGAAGAGACCGAUGUUUCUUCAGCUGAGAUCGGUGAGGGAGAUGAUUCAGAGGAAGGCUCGUCCUCAUCAGCCAUCGAUGCAGGUCUCUCAGAGUUUGCGAAGAAGAUGCCUAUUUUCGAGCCAGAGAGAGUAGAAUUGAGUUCUGAGCAAAAGCCGCUUGGGGUGAACCUGGAGCUGGCAUUGUACAGAGCCAAGAUUUUGGCGCGGAAAUACCAGUUCGAAGAAGCAGAAAAAAUCCUUCGUCAGUGUAUUUUCUUUUGGCCAGAAGAUGGACGACCGUAUGUGGCCUUGGGAAAGAUUUUAAGUAAGCAAUCCAAAUCCGCUGAAGCGAGAGAGGUGUACGAAAAAGGUUGUCAGGCAACACAAGGAGAAAACCCAUAUAUCUGGCAGUGUUGGGCUGUUUUGGAAAGUAAAAUGGGAAAUGUAAGGAGAGCAAGAGAACUAUUUGAUGCUGCUACAGUUGCUGAUAAGAGACAUAUAGCAGCUUGGCAUGGAUGGGCCAUUCUGGAGCUGAAGCAAGGGAACGUCAAGAAAGCUAGGAAUCUUCUUGGUAAAGGCCUAAAAUAUUGUGGUGGCAAUGAGUACAUAUACCAAACACUUGCAUUACUUGAAGCUAAAGCAAAUCGGAUCGAACAGGCUCGGUAUCUGUUCAAGCAGGCCACCAAAUGUAACCCCAAAAGCUGUGCCAGCUGGCUUGCAUGGGCACAACUAGAGAUGCAGCAGGAGAACAAUCACCUUGCCAGGAAACUUUUUGAGAGAGCAAUCCAGGCUAGUCCAAAGAACAGGUUUGCAUGGCAUGUUUGGGGAAUUUUUGAGGCUAACCUUGGUAAUAUUGACAAAGGAAGGAAGCUUCUAAAGAUAGGCCAUACACUUAAUCCUAGAGAUCCUGUUCUUCUUCAGUCUCUAGCUUUAUUGGAAUACAAACACUCAACUGCAAAUCUUGCUCGAGUAUUGUUCAGGAGAGCAGCCGAACUGGAUCCGAGGCACCAACCAGUGUGGAUUGCUUGGGGAUGGAUGGAGUGGAAGGAAGGGAAUAUAGCCACAGCAAGAGAACUCUACCAGAAAGCACUGUCAAUCAAUUCAACAAGUGAAAGUGCUGCUCGUUGUCUGCAGGCAUGGGGUGUUUUAGAGCAGAGACUUGGUAAUCUUUCAGCAGCUCGGAGAUUAUUUAGAUCAUCGUUAAAUAUUAACUCUCAAAGUUAUAUAACUUGGAUGACUUGGGCAUCAUUGGAGGAAGAGCAAGGAAAUUCUGUACGUGCUGAGGAAAUCCGUAAUCUCUACUUCCAGCAGCGAACGGAAGUUGUUGAUGAUGAUUCAUGGGUUAUGGGUUUCCUAGAUAUCAUUGAUCCAGCUCUUGACAGCAUAAAACGACUACUGAAUUUUGAAUCAAACAAGUCAUAUUCUAAGGGGCAGGAUGGUCUGAGAAACAUAAACGGAAUGAGCAGCAAGAGUGCCAUUGAGGAAUCAGAAGUUUUGUCCUCUGUUUCUUUGGAAGGCAAGCAAUUAAGAGAAGUACAGCCUGGUCAAGAUUCAAGUGAUUUUGAUCUAGAUGCUUUUGUCCACGAAAAAUUAUCUCUUGAUGUAUCAAAUUUGGAAGUUCAGAUAGAUGCAUCUGUGCCCAAGAAAAUUGGAUCUUCUAGACGGGUAUGGAGAUCUCAAAAUAAAGCUGUCACGACAUCAGUGCAGCCCUGAGUUUUCAGAUGGUUCUAUUUUGAGGAGAUAUACCUAAAACCAUUUUGUCCAUGUAUGUAGAUGGUUCAGAAGAUCCAAUAUGGGUGGGACCAACAAUGGAUAACGGCCUUUUGUGUGGAUGGCUCACAAAAAAUAUCAAAUCAGUCCAAUGAAAAUGCAAAACAGCUCAGAGAUGUAAGUUGUGAAUUUACUGACCAUUUUUACUAGUAAGAGGAAUUCGAUGAGAAAGAUUGUUAAUCCAUGUAUUGGCCCAUUUUAGAUGAUGUUCACAGAGGCACGUUGAGUAUUCAAAAGAAUUUGCCAUUUGUAAUUCUUUCGGUGUGGAAGCGAUGCUGUGUACAUUUUUCAGAAAAUGUUAAUACGUCAUGUAUGAGAAAUUUUAAAUUCCUUCACUGAAGAGUGAAGAGAUGCUGCCUGUUUCUA